CCAGUGCAAAUCAAAAGGCGCUCCAGGGUCCCCGGUGUUAUGAUCACACAGUUUGUGGAGGAGAUUCCAUCAGGUUGCACCACUCCAGACUUCACCCGCAAGCCGUUUGCAGUGACCAUUCCAGAGGGAAAACUAGCCCUGUUUAAAGCAAUUGUGUCAGGAGAACCAGCUCCAAAUGUGACUUGGUCUCGGAGUAAAGGAGAUACUGCUGAUACGGAAAAAUUCAAGGCCCGAUAUGAUGACAAGAUGGGAGAGUACAUUUUUGAGAUCAUCAGUGUUGAUACAAACCAAGCAGACACCUAUAGAUUUUUUGCUACAAAUCCUUAUGGAAGAGCUGUGUGUACGGCCACUUUGAAUGUUAUUGAAGUUGGAUUUAAGAAGAAGCAGCCAGUUGUUGUCAAAAAUGAUCCAGAGGAUUUCAGGAAACUUCUAAAAAAAACAGUAAUUGUGAAAAGAAAGCCUAAAAAGGUCCAAAAGGAAGGAGAAAUUGAUCCAGCUUUCUGGGAAGUUCUGUUGUCCGCUCCCAAGAAAGAUUAUGAACGCGUUUGUUUUGAGUAUGGAGUGACAGACUUCCGUUGGAUGCUAAAGAAAUUGAAUUUAAUGAAGAAAGAGAGAGAGAAGGAACAGGCAAAGUAUGUCGAGAAAGUGGAAAGUGUGAAACAGAUUGAAGUGAAAACCGACGGAAAGGCUGAGUUUGAGGUUGCCAUGCAGCUGUUGGACCCUAACAGUCAAGUGCUCCUCUUUAAGGAUGGUGUUAUGGUUGAUUAUGGAACUAACAAUGAUAAGAAACAUAAUCUUGAGCAAAAAGGGAGUAAGUAUAUAUUCAGCAUCAAUGAUCUUGGACCAGAUGAUGCUGGCCUUUAUCAAGUGGAUGUAGAAGAUGCCAAUGUGCUCUCAACUAAUUUCAAAGUUCCUGAUGUUGAAUUUACCUCCGCACUUAAAAACUGCGAAGCCAAGGAAGGCGAGGCAGCUUCAUUUGAGUGUGUCCUGUCUACUCCAGUUGAUAAGAUCAUGUGGUAUGGAAAUGAUGUUGCAAUGGAAAACGAAGCAAAGUAUGACAUCACUGUUUCAGCAGCAGCAGCAGCAGCAGCAGCAGCAGCAGCAGCAGCAGCAGCAGCAGCAGCAGCAGCAGCAGCAGCAGCAGCAGCAGCAGCAGCAGCAGCAGCAGCAAUAUUCAUAAUUGUAUUCUCACUUACUUCAGAUUCUGGAGUCCAUUUUGCCAGUGGAUUAACAAACACCACCGCUAACAAGGGAGAAUCAGCUGAGCUUUCCUGUGUUCUCAGCAGCGAGAGCUGUGAGGGCAUUUGGUACAAGGAUGGAAGGAAGUUGGACUCAACAGAGGGUACUACUAUUAGAAAAGACGGGGCCACCCACAAACUGAUCAUCCACAGCUGCGAUGACGAUUCUGCAGGGAUAUACCGUUUUGAGGCAGAUGGGCGCAAAUCGGAGGCAACGCUCAGCAUCGAAGAUCCACCAAAGAUUGACUUGGAUUCUUUGAAAGCAUUCCAACAGCCUGUCAUCAUCAAAGCAGGUGAAAAUGCAUUGUUCAAGCUGCAGUUCAAUGGGAAGGAGCCAAUGAAGGUGCAGUGGUUCAAGCAAGACGAGGAGAUGCUGCCAGGCCUGAACGUUAAGACUGACUCCUCUGACACGUAUACUUCCCUGGGCUUGAGUAAAUGUCAGCGGAAGGACACUGGAGAAGUCAGAGUCAAAAUCAAAAAUGAGCAUGGCACUAUUGAUGCCACUACACAGCUCAUAGUGCUGGCCUUCCCUGGUCUCCCGGCUCCUCCAAAGAUAGUCAGUGCUUAUAAGGAGUGUAUUAACUUGACCUGGCUUCCUCCAGCCAAUACUGGUGGAUCUAACAUUAUUGGCUACAACCUGGAGAAACGCAAGAGAGGAAGCAACUUGUGGAGUAUGGUGAAUCGCCCUAAUGAGCCAAUUAAAGAGAAAAAGUGUGCAGUGAAGGAUGUGAUUGAGGGGGCAGAGUACGAGUUUCGAGUGGCUGCCAUCAACAUUUCAGGGGCAGGAGACCCCAGUGGUCCCUCUGAGUUGGUGUUUGCCAGAGACCCCAAGAAACCCCCAGGGAAAGUCAUUGACCUGAAAUUGACUGGCUCUAACUACAAUAGCCUGAGUCUCUCAUGGACCAAGCCAAAGACAGUGGUAGGAGUGGAGGAUGAAGCCAAGGGCUACUUUGUGGAGGUCCGACCAAUCGACAACAUUGAAUGGAGUAGAUGCAAUGCCACUGCCUCCAUACUGACAUCCUUCACUGUGAUUGGCCUAAAGUCUAUGGCUAUGUACUGGGUCAGAGUGAUUGGCACAAAUGAUGGGGGAGAGGGAGACCCACAGGGCUUUGACAAUUACAUCAUCGCCAUGCCUCCUCCUGUGAAACCGAAGUUCACAGAUAAAAACAUGAAAACCUUCAUAGUUAUAAGGGCAGGAAACACAGUGCGGGUUCAUAUCAACUUUGAGGCCUCUCCCAUGCCAGAUAUCACCUGGUUGAAGGACGGAGCUCCAGUGGCCAACCAUGUCACCAUCACCAACUCACACAAGGGCUCCCAGUUGCUAAUCCCUACCUCGGAGCGCACAGACACAGGCAUCUACACCAUCAUCGUCAAGAACCUCGUUGGCCAGGAAACUUUCAACAUUGAGAUCAGAGUGACAGAUGACCCCAAGCCUCCAGGCCCUGUGGAACUGGAGCAGAACGUCCAAGGGACGGUGACAAUCUCUUGGGUCCCGUCUCCAGAUGAGAAGCGUGACGAUCAUCUCCACUAUCUGGUGAUGAAGCGUGACUCCAUCAAGCGCACCUGGCGCAUUGUGGGUGACCGCCUCUUCAACCACCAGUUCACUGCGGCCAGCAUCUUGCCGGGCCGAGAGUACAACUUCCGGGUGUUUGCAAAAAACGACAUGGGCAUGUCAGAGCCAGCGAUGGCACCGACAUGGGGCACGGUGGUAAAGAAAGAGAAAUUUACCCUCAACAUGCCGGAGUCCAAGCCCCUGGACUUACAGUGUCCUCCCAAGUUCCUGGUUCCUCUGAAGCUGCACGCUGCACCCCAGGGCUACGAGUGCUACAUGAGCUGUGCCGUGAAAGGGAACCCCACACCCCACGUCACAUGGUUCCACAACAACGUCAGCCUCAACACCAAUAUCAACUACUACAUCUCCAACACCUGUGGCGUCUGCUCCAUGCUCAUCCUAAGGGUUGGUCCCAAGGACACUGGAGAGUACAAGGUCAUUGCAGACAACCCUCUGGGAGUGGCAGAGUGCUCCACUCAGCUCACUGUCCGAGAGUAGAAGAUGCUUUGCGCUGAUGAUCUGCAGAAGUAGCAGCUAUUUCAAGAUCGCUGCAUAAUAACUUAUACCCUGUCUGGCUCAUGUUGUGGAGGUUCCAGU